UCUUAAAAUGUCAUCCGACGUCAAAAUUGUGUAGUGUCUGUCAAAUUGGUAAAAUAUAAAAACAAUUUAUAAAAUUAAACUAAGCAAUCUUCUGUUCUUAAACUCUUUUCAACGUACGUGUUCCUACAACAAUAACUAUUUCAAACACAAUGGCUUGCGACUAAAAUAAAAACCACUUCAAGAUAGAACUUUUGUUAUGAAAAGUUUCAUGGUUUCAGUACCUACAUGUCAAAAAUGGUUUUAGCUACAGUUGCAAAGUAAUGAAUCGCGACUUCGUAUACAACCAUGAGGAUAGGCCGACGGUUUGGUCCAGAGCGGGGAGUACAAUCAACAAGUGGUUGUGGGGGGCGCUGUGCUGUGGCAUGCCGGGCUUUCCAUGCUACUUCUGCACGUGCUGUGAGAAGAUGGACGACGCUGCGGACAGAGACCGACCGAGAGUUAACCAAGCAACGGCGACAGCAGAGAGGAUGUCCCGGCCACAUCGACCGCACGCGCCGCGAGGGAGGAAGUCCACACCAGAGAUGUUGUCGGCCGUCCGUUGCGCCCUCUCUCAGCUCCAGGGCGAACCUGCCCCGGUUCCACCGACAGUCUCUCAGUCUGCACCGAAUUCACCAGAACCAGGCUAAAUAGAGAAAAAGGAAGAGAACAGUAGGAGAACAGGAAAGAGGGAGAGAGGGAGAACCACGGACUUGCAGUAGCUAGAUACCGCAGAACUUCCAUUAAGGCGUGCCUAUGAGCCAAAGAACCAAGCGCCUCAUCAUCAACAUCUUCAUCGUCAACCGAUAGAACAUGGUUACCUGUAGAGGAUGAACUAUAUGAGAAGAAAAUAUUGCACAAAUUAUAUUGUGAAAAC